AUGAGCACGAGCAGCUCCGAGGCGCAGCAGGCCGAGCCAUUGACGACCGCCGACACGCAGCUGGGCGAGGCGCCUGAGCAUCUGCGCCGGGCGGAGACGGUGCUGCGCCACCGCACGAGCCGCAUCGUGCUGGUACUGGAGCAGUGCAUGGACUCGCACAACCAUCAGGCCGUGCUGCGCACCGCCGAGGCGCUGGGCGUGCAGCACGUGUGGCUCAUCGCGGCCAACGCGCAGCAGCUCAAGACCCACGACGACACUGGCAAGAGCAAGAAGCCCAAGAAGAGCAGCGGCAAGAAGAUCACCAAGAACUGCGCCGGGUGGCUCACGGUGCGCGAGUUCUCCAGCAUCGCCGACUGCCUCACGGCGCUGCGCUAG